UCAAUCAAUUGGUAUGCAAAAGAAGAAAAAAGUCAAUAAACUUAUCAUCAUUUUGAUUCCAAUGGGAUGUCUAUUGAUGUUGUUGUUGCUUGUCUUUACACUAUGGCUCUUCGAAGGAGAAAAGUACUCAAAUUUAAAGAAAGAAUGGAAAGGAACAAAAUUGGAAAUGAAAAUAAUGAAGAAAAAGGAAGUGAAGAAACAAGGACUUUGCAAAUAUUCAGUUUUGAUGAGAUGAAGGAAGCUACAAAUAAUUUUGCAGUUGAAAAUGAGCUUGGAAAAGGUGGAUAUGGACCCGUUUACAAGGGAAAGUUGAGAAAUGGGAAAGAAAUAGCAGUGAAAAGGCUAUCAGAGACUUCAUCACAAGGAUUGGAAGAAUUUGAAAAUGAAGUGAUUCUUACAGCAAAAUUACAACAUAUAAAUCUUGUAAAAGUUGUGGGAUUUUGCAUUGAAAAUGAAGAAAAAAUGUUGAUCUAUGAAUAUAUGCCCAACAAGAGCUUGGACUACUACAUUUACAAUCAAGUGAGAAGAUUAGUUCUAAAUUGGGGAAAAAGAGUGCAAAUAAUUGAAGGCAUUAUUCAAGGAUUAUUAUACCUCCAAGAAUAUUCAAGAUUAACAAUUAUUCAUAGGGAUAUUAAAGCAAGCAAUAUUCUAUUGGAUAUUCACAUGCAACCAAAGAUUUCUGACUUUGGAAUGGCAAGAAUAUUCAAGAAGGAUGAAGUUGAAGCAAAUACAGACAGAAUAGUUGGAACAAUGGGUUAUAUUCCACCAGAAUAUGCAAUUGAAGGAAGAUAUUCAACAAAGUCUGAUGUUUUUAGUUUUGGAGUACUUCUUCUUCAAAUCAUAAGUGGAAAAAAGAAAACAUGUCUACAUGGUCCAAAUGAGAAUUUAAACCUUCUUGAAUAUGCAUUUGAGAUGUGGAAAGAUGGUGAAGGCAUGGAAUUUAUGGAUGAAUCACUUGAUGAUACCACACAUUCUUGUAAACUAUUAAAAUGCAUGAAAAUUACAUUAUUAUGUGUCCAAAAAAAUUCAUUAGAUAGACCUACAAUGUUGGAAGUUUGUUCUAUGUUCAAGAAUAUUGAAAAUUUAGUUAUGAAUUCCCCUAAGAGGCCUGCAUUUUCCACAAGGGAAGGUGAAGAUCAAGUUGUCAAUAUUCCAAAUGGCUCAUCGGAGGAAAUAGACAUUGACAAUGCAACAAUUACACAAUUGGUUGCAAGAUGAUGCAUGGAUUUAACUUUUUACAUACACAAAAGAAAAGGGUGUAAAGAAUUUUUUGACACUUUAUACCGUAUGUCUAAGACAUAUAUUUUACCUUUUUUUUUUUUUUUUUUUUUUUUUUUUUUUAAAUUUUGGGGUUUAAGGUAUCAGCCCAAAGGUUUAUUUUGGACCUAAUAUACACGGUUUUCACGGUUGCAUACAUUUCCUUUCUUGCCAUCUGAGCCUUUACAUUCAGUAUAUCAUAAUGUGUAAACAUAAAUCUUCUAUCUAUUGAAACUAAUUAUAUAAAAUUCCUUCUAGUUUUUUCUCUCCCA